AUGAGCAACAACGACCGCGGCGGCGGCGGAGCUGGCCACCUGUGGCAAGCUGCCAGCUACGGCUGCUACGGCUGCUGCGGCGGCUGCUGCAGCGGCUGCGACGGCUGCUACGGCUGCUGCAGCGGCUGCGACGGCUGCUACGGCUGCUACGGCUGCUGCGGCGGCUGCUACGGCUGCUACAGCGGCUGCGGUAGCUGCUACGGCGGCUGCGGCAGCUGCUACGCUACAGCGGCUGCGGCUGCUGCGGCGGCUGCUACGGCUGCUACGGCGGCUGCGGCGGCUGCUGGGGCGGCUGCUACGGCUGCUGCAGCGGCUGCGGCUACGGCGGCUGCCAGUAGCAAGCUGCCAGCAAUGGCUUUGCCGAGGGAUCCUAGCCACCCUUACUCGGCUGCGGCGGCUGCUACUGCUGCUACGGCGGCUGCGGCGGCUGGGGCGGCUGCUGGGGCGGCUGCGGUAGCUGCUACGGCGGCUUCGGCGGCUGCUACGGCUGCUGCGGCGGCUGCGGCGGCUGCGGCGGCUGCGGCGGCUGCUACAGCGGCUGCGGUAGCUGCUACGGCGGCUUCGGCGGCUGCCACAGCGGCUGCGGCGGCUGCU